AUGAGCUCGAGAUACGGAGCCCGCGGUCCGAACCGCAAACCGAAUGCCCCAGCUAAAGGUUCUAAUAACAAUGCUCAGAACCGUCCCCCAUCGCGUGCAGCAGGCAAUGCCUCCUCUUCUUCAUCUUCACGCCCAGCCUACAUGAAUCCUGCAGUGCAAGCUACAGCACGCCCUGGAUCUCCAACCGAGUCGAUAGCGACUACUCGCACAAAGAAUCCAGAUACCCGACACCGUUCGCCUGACGAGACAAACGUUCAAGUUGUUGUGCGUUGCCGAGGCCGAAAUGAACGAGAAAUUCGAGAAAACAGCGCUGUUAUCCUUUCAACACCUGGUGGUCCCCGUGGCAACGAAGUGUUGGUUUCAAUGGGUCCUAUGAGUUUAUCCAACAAAACAUACAUGUUCGAUCGCGUUUUCGGCCCUGAAGCAGAUCAAAGUAUGAUCUAUGACGACGUCGUUGCGCCUAUCCUUGAAGAAGUGCUUGCCGGUUAUAACUGCACUAUCUUUGCCUAUGGACAAACAGGAACAGGAAAAACAUAUACAAUGACUGGUGAUAUGAAACCUUACUUCGACACAUAUUCCGAUGGAGCUGGUAUUAUCCCUCGUGCGUUGCACAAUUUGUUCAAACUAUUGGAUGGAGAAUCCGAGCCGAUGGUCAAAUGUUCUUUCAUCGAGCUUUAUAAUGAAGAACUAAGAGACCUUUUGUCAGCCGAUGAGACGAUCAAGUUAAAAAUGUUUGAAGAUUCGUCGAAGAAAGGUGGAGUUGUUAUUAAUGGUAUGGAGGAACGAUUUGCACAUAAUGCAGAAGACGGCGUCAAUCUACUACAGGAAGGAAGCAAGAAGAGACAAGUUGCAGCGACUAAAUGCAACGACUUGAGCAGUCGUAGCCAUACUGUUUUCACGAUUAUCGUCCAAGUCAAGGACAAGAACCCCGCAGGAGAGGAUUUCAUGAGAACUGGAAAGUUGAACCUCGUCGACUUGGCAGGUUCCGAGAGUGUUGGAAGAUCCGGAGCCGAGAAUAAGAGGGCCAAAGAGGCCGGGAUGAUUAACCAGAGUUUAUUGAGCUUGGGAAGAGUUAUUACAGCUCUUGUUGAGAAGAACAGCUAUAUUCCGUACAGAGAGUCGAAGCUCACUCGCUUGCUCCAAGAUUCCCUUGGUGGCCGUACGAAGACGUGCAUAAUCGCCACGGUUUCGCCGGCCAAGGUCAAUCUUGAGGAGACGAUAUCGACCUUGAACUACGCAGCGACUGCGAAGAAUAUCGAGAACAAGCCGCAGCUCAACCAAUUGAUGACGAAGCGUGCCGUCAUCAAGGAGUACAUCACAGAGAUCGAGCGCCUGAGGGCCGAUCUGAAUGCCACGAGGCAAAAGCACGGGGUGUACAUGUCGGAGGAGCACUUCCAGCAGCUCAACCGAGAGAACGACACCAGAAAGACCUUGGUGGAGGAGCACGAGAGGAAGAUCGCAGUCCUAGAGCAGCAGUUGAGGACUGCUCGCGAAAACUUGGAGAAGAAUCUUAAGUCCUUUAUGGACUUAAAGAAGGACUACGACGGCCAGACGGUGUCGUUGGAGGAGACCAGGGAGGCUCUGUUUAGUACAGAGACCUCCCUGGUUCUCGCCACUCAGGAGCUCUCGGAUGAGCAACUGAUCACCAAGGCCUACAAGCUGACCGAGGCCGAGCUCUCCACCAAGGCCAGCAACCUUGCGUCUGUGGCCUCCGCGGCCAUUCGCGAUGUAGACGGGCUACACGCGAAGGUCGGGAGGCAGGAGGAGCUCCAGGGGCUAAACAAGGCCACCUGGGGCUCCGUCAAACAACAGACGUUUGACGUCACGGGUCUCGUCGAGGGCGAGAUCAAAAAGUUCAUCGAGGAGCAGGCGAGGCUCCAGGACGGGGUGGCGGCUCGGAUGGAUUCGUUCAUCCAGCUGCAGGGGGACAAGCUCUCGAAGGCUUACUCAAGCCUUGACGAAGGGCUUGAGAAGCUGGAGGUUGCCAGGUCCUCGGCAACCGGAACCGCCCGCGAGGCCGCGGACGAGAUGAACCUCGUCCUGGAGGAGAUCAAGGUCCUUCGGGACGAUGUCAAGGUCAAGGUCGGGGAGGGCAUGCGUAGCAUGUCCUCCGCCGCGGAGAAAAUCGCCGGGGACGUGGUGCGGGAGUUGGAGGGGUUCAAGGAGGAGAUGCGCUCCUCCUACAUCGGCCUUGGAAGGGAUUUCAAGGCGAUGUUCGACGCGUGCAGCAAGCACUUGGCUGCACAGACCCAGAAGGCCAACGACCUGAGGCUGGAGGUGGAGGCUGCCAAUAAGGCAGCCAUCACCGCCCAGGCCUCAGCUGCCGAUUCGAUCGCCGCCGUUCUGGCCGAGGAGAGCCAGAAAGCUGCCCAUGAGAGGCAGCAGCUUGUCGCCCAGAUCACACAGCUGGUCACCAAAAACGCCUUGGAGCAGGACAAGCGACUCGCCCAGAGGAUGGGGUCGGUCCAGACUGGACUGACGGUCACUAGUGACCGUUUGUCCUCUGCGACCGGCUCCAUCUGUGCUGGGAUCAAUCAGUGGUCCGAGGCAGAGGAGGGUUUCCGGGGGGGGCUUUCUGUCACACGCGACGGAAUUAAGAAGAAGUUGCAGACUGACGCUCUCGCCAACGAGAGCAGAGCCAGCGGCAUCCAACAGACUGCUAACAGCAUCCAUGCCGAGACCAUACAGUUGGUCAAUUCGCAAAUGCAAUCUGUCGCCGUUAACAUGCAAACCCUCGACGAGUUUGUUACCAGGGCCCGCGAGCAUAACGAACGACACCAUCGUCUCAAGGUGUCGAGCCUGGAUUCCGUUGCCGACCAAGUCAAGUCGUCGACGUCGGCUGUUCGUUACAACAUUGAUGACGUCAAACAGGAAGUGGAGGAUAUCGGGGCUGAUGUUUUGGCCGCCACAGUUAAAGCGAAGAAUGCUCUCGACCCCUUCAACAGCUAUAGUUCCAGUUUGUUGUCAGGGCUUCGAGGACAGACAGAAGUCUCUGUUUACAGAGAUUACGUGCCGACCAACUCUAGCCCGAAGAAGAGAUCAUACCCAUUCGACGACGAUCUCCCCAAGACCGCUACUCGUGAACAGAUCUUGAACGCGGCACCCGACAGGAAUCCAAUGAGAGAAGUCACUCCAGAGGCACAGAUCUUCAACGCUGCUACUAGUGAGAUGACCGCUGCCCGCAACGGGGAUAGAGUACCGUUGGCGGAUUUGGCUGUUGACUCCAAUGUGGCCUUUUUGUCUCUCGCGAUUACUGGUGACAAGAAAAAGAAGGCAGCUAAGACUAUGGUCAAGAGAGAUACACCUGAGCACGAGGAUGAAGACGACGACAUUGAGGAUGUUAGUAUGAUUCAGAUGUCUGUCAAGAAAGGAAAGAAGAAGGCUGAACCCAACGGGCCUAACACGGUUGAGCGAUCCGUGAGAAAGCUUAGGAAGAAGAAGCAAGAAAACGAGGAGGAAGAAACAGUCGAAGUGUCUCCCACGAAAAAGACCAAUACUAAGGGCGCUGUUGGUUCGGAAUCUCCAAAGAAAAAGAGCAAGGUUGUAAGCGAGCCACCAGCCUUGGAGGGUGUUAUGAGCCCACCACCAGCGAAAAGAGCUAAGACAAGCAAGAUCGGAUUGAUCUCCCAGCAGAGUGGCAGAAGAAGAGCUAGUUUCUCUGGACCUCCUCCCUCUCUAAGACAAGGUUCUUUAAUCCCAUCCGCUCCUGGUAGUGCUAGGAAGCCUAAGAAUGGAAGACCGCAAUCGACUUAA